AUGGGAAAGUAUCUACUCUUCACGAUUUAUAUUACUAUAUCAACAUUGUCAAUCGAUGUAAAUGGAGAUAACUACUGCAAGUUGGAUGACUCCGACUUUCCAAAACUUGAAGAACUGAGAUUGAUUGACGGCAACAUAGCAACGAUUUCUCCCGCUAUAUUAUCCAAUGUCAGCGACAAACUUGAAGAACUAUCUGUGAUAGACAGAAUAACCGUCAUCGAGCCAAAAUCCUUUGCAAGACUUUAUAAUUUGAUGGAACUUACGGUGAACGGAGGUCAGUUGUUCAAUCUAUCAUCUGACAUGUUUGACGGCCUCAGAGGUCUGACAUAUCUGGACUUGUCAGACAAUGGGAUCGAGGUAUUCUCUGAGGAUACUUUCAGUAUACUGCCCCAAUUGAGAAUCCUCCGAUUGCAGAACAACAGAAUCAGUCAAAUCAAAGCUGGAACCUUUUUCGGGGUGAAACUCCGUGACAUUAACCUGGCGAACAACACAUUGAAACAUAUAUCGGGUGGAGUCUUCAAUCGUUCCAGAAAUCUGAAAAAGUUGAGUCUCCGCUCCAAUCGCAUAGAAAUCGUCCACUCCAGAAUGUUCUCAGGAUGUCGUAAACUUAACAGUUUGUCUUUAGAGGAUAAUAACAUAUACCACAUCGAUCCACAGUCUUUUCGUAGGCUACGUCUCGAUUCGUUGAAUCUGGAGAAUAAUAACAUAACUUUUUUGGAUAAUAACACUUUUAAAGGCCUCCAUGUUUAUGGUCUAGUAGAUCUCAGAGGAAACAACAUGACUGAAAUCAUGCCACGGGCCUUUGGGGACUUACUUGCUAAGUGGGUAUUGUGUUGUUACCGUAAUGCGAGCCAAGUUGAGGUGGAAAGCUGGAAUAGAGCUGCUUCAGUUGAGCAGUUUGUCAUCGAUGAUUGUACUGUACGAGUCUGA